AUGAAAUAUAUUGUAUGUCAAUUUCCUUCAAUACAAUUUCAAGAAGAAAUAUUUGAAGAACUAACUGAACGUUCAAAUCAACCAAAGCAUUCAGAAACAUCAAACAAUGUAAUCAUCCAAAUACCGACAGUCAAUGACUUGAAAACAAAUUCAUGUCAUACAACUCCAAGAUCAAACAAUUUAUAUAAUACUCCAAGAAAUUUUGAAUUCUACGGCCAACGAUUCAAUACACCAUGUUCAGAAAAUAUUUCCGUAAAACAACCAACUGUGCCGAUUGGAAAAAUAUUACAAACUGAACAAAAACAACAGCAACGAGAAAAUCUAUUUCCUCAUCGAUCAGUAGCAGAGAUAGGUAUUGCACUUAGAUUAUGGAGAAAAAUCGAUAAAAUGCAUCAACAAAUUGAUCAUGUGAAACAAUCUCAUGAAAAACAAAAUCGUGUACGCUUAAUGCGUUUAUAUCAUACACAAAAACGUUGGGAGAAUUUUGUCAAACGUGGUAAACGAAUAGCUUUGUUACAAAAACAAAGAAGUAUUGAAAAAAUGCAAUUUGACAAACAGAAAUUAGAACAAAUUAAAGCACAAAAUGAAUUGAAUGAAAAAUUAAAAACUAAUCGUGAAAGACUUAGAUUUCUUGAAAAUUAUCAUAAACAUUUAAAAAACAAUGAACAACUCUUUGAAAAUUAUGCUAAUUCUGAAAAACGAUUAUCAGAUCAAAAACUAUUCAUUCAAGAAAAAUGUCAACAACUAAUGAAUUUACAGAAUAGAACCAGUAAAAUCAGAUCCCGACUGAAUGAAGCCAUAGAAGCUAAAAAACUACAUCAAAAUGAAUUAUCCGCUGAAAUUCAUCGUAAUCGAUUAUGUGAGAAAUUUUCUAUUGAAUCAAAAAUACAAGAACGUAAAUUGAAAGAAUCCAAUUCAAUUAGUGAACAUGUCAAACAACUACGUCAACAGAAACUUGUAAAAAUUCCAAUUUCAAUGAAACUAACUAAUCUGACGUUAGAUGAUGCUGAUGCAGAUCAAUAAUCCAUGUAAUUUAAAUAACAUUUUUGUUUAAAUACAUUUCGUAUCUGGUAUGUUUAAUGAAUAAUCCCUGUAUAUGGAUGGCCGUAAUACAAUACUUUGUUAUUA